UAAAUUCCCAAACUAAGUUCUGAGGUCCGAUGAGGUCUGAGAGAGUUGUGAUUUCGAAGAAACUUUUCAGAUAUCAGCUAAACUCUUCUAUUUCUAUGUCAAUUUCAACCUCCAAAGAAAGGAGCUCUACAUGUGACUCUUAAAAGACCCUGCACUCCAACUGUUCGACGAUUGGUCCCAGAGACACCUCUUUGUUCUUAUUCGGAAAUGCAGGGGACAUUCAUGUUCUUGAGCUUAAACAAGCUUCUCAAAUGUUCAAAAACUGGUUCUAAGACAUGGGUUCCAGUGAGGCACAAAUCAAGUGGAGGAAGAAGACCCAAGAAGAAAAUAUACCACAGGGUCCAUGAACUUGACAGAGUCAUGGACUUGCAAAAGAAACCAUCUUUGAUCCUUCAGCUCAAGUCCAUCAUCCAAUCCCAGAAACAGCAGUCUCUCUUUCUCAGGGACCUUGAAAAAGAAGUUGGGUUUGUUCAGAAAUGGAAUUUCAUGGCUGUCAUUGAGAAGUACCCUGCUAUAUUUUGUGUUGAAGGGGGUGGCAGUACAAACAGAACACCCCCUUCUGUUAGGCUCACUGGUAAGGCCCAAAAGAUUGCCAGUGAAGAAGGUGAAGCUAGGAACUUGAUGGAACCGAUUCUGGUUAAAAAUUUGAGGAAGUUGUUAAUGUUAUCAGUUGAUUGUAGAGUACCACUUGAAAAGAUAGAAUUCAUUGAAUCUGAAUUGGGUUUGCCAAAUGACUUUAAGGAGUCAUUGAUUCCAAAGUACCCGGAAUACUUUUCUGUGAAGGAUGUCAAUGGGAAGGCUUAUCUUAAUUUGGAAAAUUGGGACUCUUCAUUGACAGUCACUGCCCGUGAGGAAAGAGCAGCACAGGAUGGGAUUCCGGACUUUAAUGGGAGUCGAAAGCAGGUUAGAAUCUCGAAAGAUGGUAACUAUCGAGGUCCAAAUGCAUUUAGACUGAGUUUUCCUGUAGGCUUUAGGCCUAACAAAAGUUAUCUUGAGGAAAUUGAGAGGUGGCAGAAAAUGGAUUUCCCUUCUCCAUACUUAAAUGCAAGGAGAUUUGAAGCUAAGGAUCCAAAAGCCCGAAAACGGGUGGUGGCAGUCCUCCAUGAGCUUCUCAGUUUGACUAUGGAGAAGAGAAUGACAUCUGCACAAUUGGAUGCAUUUCAUUCUGAGUAUCUGUUACCAUCUCGAUUAUUGCUUUGCUUGAUAAGGCAUCAUGGUAUGUUUUACAUUACUAAUAAAGGUGCAAAAAGCACUGUUUUUCUCAAAGAAGCUUACGAUGGUUCAAAUUUGAUAGAUAAAUGUCCUUUGUUGUUAUUUUAUGACAAAUUCAUAUCACUUAGUGGUAGAAGAGAGAUCAAUUUGAACGGCGAGAUGCCUUCUUCACAAGUUGUUACCUGAGAAUUUGCUUUGCUGAGAGAGAUUCUGUGUAAUGCUGGUAGAUAUGGACUAUGCUUGUGAGACUUGCUUUAAUGCCAUAAUUAAGUCAGUCAUUUUAUAGUUCAUGAUUUUGGUCUAGCUAACUGGUUUUGAUCUCCCCAACAAUCAAACUUAUUUGCGUUGAUUCAUUUUAUUGCCAGGGCUUGAUAUCUGUGUGUAUAAGUAUGCAGUUUCCAUAUAUGUAAGCAUAUUUUUAUAUCAUUUUGUUUUUGAUAUCCACAGUUGUGUCUGAGCAUUGGGUGAAUUACUGGAAGUUCUGUUUAAAAAUCAUACUUACAAUAGAUCAUUUUUUACCUCUUUGUCAAUCAUUAAAUGGGUAUUGUGGUUGAACUCGUACAAGCAAUAUUUUUAGUCAAGGUUAUCUAUGCAAGUAUUUUGAUCAACAUGAGUUUUAGUAUUAUGGUGACUGCCUGACUGGGAUCUAUAGAAUCUCUAUGUUUAGGCUUUUGUACCUUCAUUUCUAUUCUUCUUGAGGCUUAUAACUGCUUCCAAUUAUUGGCCCCCCUCUCUUCUGUAUUAUCCUUAAUUAAACUGCAUCUUCUGGUUGUUUACCUCAUGUUGAAUUUGGUUGGGAAUCCAUGGUUAGACGCUAUUGAGUUAUAUGUAGUGCAUGAGUGAAUUUCGAGAGCAAUAUCUGUUGAUUACGUAGUGGCCAUUGCUACUCUCUGCUUCUUCCUCUUAUCCACUAUCUCUUAAAUGUCCAAAAUUUGAAUUUAUUUCUUUAAGUUAGUUAUCAAUUUCAGAGACCUAUCCAACAUGUUCUGGAAAAUUUAAUAAAAUUGCAAUUUAAUUAAAAAAAUAUGAUCAUAUACAUAUUGAUGUAUCCCUUUAAAAUUCACAUCUUAUUUUCAUUAUCAACAUAUUUGUGUGAAAUCCAUCUCCCAUAUCUAUAAGUGCUUCAAAGGCAGAGACUUUGGUCCAUUAAAUGGCUUCCCCCUCCCCCCUCCCCAAAUUUGUUACUAUGAUGUAAAAGAAUUUAUACCUUUUCUUUUUUGUGUACAAAUAAGAAAAUAUUUUCUUAUCUAAAAAAUAGAAAAGCUUUGAUGUAUAUCAUCUGUCCCAUUUCUUUAAGAGAUGUAAGGUGCUAGAGGGAUGUUGUGAGGAUAUGAAUGAAAUUCAUGAAACAGUCCAAUCAUCUGUCUUAGAUUAGCUUAGAAAGCCAGAGACAACCAAAUGAAAUGAAUGAAAUGGAGGGGUUCACCAGAUGGUUCUAUAUCUGUGCCAUCUGUUUUUGCCGAAGAUGUGAAGUGUUUUUUUUUCUUGUUCGUGUUUGGGGCACAAAUAUAUCCAACAAAACCUAAGUCAAAUCAAUAGAUUAUGGUGUUUGGUGGACAAUAGCUGCACUUUAUGUGGUUUGGAAUGUGACUUUGCUAGAGUAGCGUGGUUUGGAUUAGGUUGGUGCCUUUUGUAUUGAUGCAAUUAAUGUGAAUUUAAGUAUUUAUCUGAUAAUGUUGGUAGUUGCUCCCCCAGCUCAAGUCCUGGAUGGCAGAGUAACAAACCAGUUGCCAUUAUUUGCUGCUGUGGUUAUAGAUUAAUUACUGAAGCUAAGGAACUUAACUUGAUCUAAUUCCACUGAAGUUUUAACUAUGAAGCUUCCUGCCAGAGUAAUGCAGAAUUUUGAAAGCUUUGCUAAGCUCAGACAGGAUCUCUACUCAGGCAACUAUGGAG